GAGCUCUGUUUAUAUUUCUAUUUUUGGGAGAUGAUGAUGAGGCGGCAGGCUGCGUAGUUAAUACCUAAAAUGGCGGUGCUGAGUCAACUCGCACGUGGUUGAGCGUUGAGUUUAUUGUAUACCCGUGAUCGGAGGUGGUGUACUCCGGCGACCGAACUAAGAAGCAGAAAAGAGGAUGAACGGGAGAGGGCUGAGCGGAGUGGAGAGGGAGUACAUAAGGAAGCACCAUAAUCACGAGGUCGAAGAUAAUCAGUGCAGUUCCUUUCUCAUCAAGCACAUAAAAGCCCCUGUGAAUCUCGUCUGGUCUUUGGUGAGGAGGUUUGAUCAACCACAAAGGUACAAGCCAUUUGUAAGCCGAUGUGUUGUGCAGGGGAAUCUUGAAAUUGGCAGUCUGAGGGAAGUUGAUGUGAAGUCGGGUCUUCCUGCCACUACCAGCACAGAGAGAUUAGAACUUCUCGACGAUGAAGAGCACAUACUCAGUUUCAAGAUUAUUGGUGGAGACCACAGACUUAGAGUAUGUUAACCGUUUCCUUUUUAUUCUAAUCUUCUGGUGAUUUUCUUUCUAAUUUGUUUUUCUAUUAUUUAUGUAAUUUUUGGAUUUAAAUCUUCUAUCAUAUAACCUUGAAUUAAUUUAUUAGAGGGAUUGAGGAUGUGAGUUAAUGAGUUCAUUCUUCUUUUGGUAUUAGCACAUAUCUGUACGUUACUUUUAUUGAAUAACUAGUUCUUGUGGUUUUUAACAGUUCCAUGAAGUUGCACUUUCAUAUGUUUUAGUUGACAGUGUCUGUAUGCAAAUGCAUGUAUAUGAAUUUUCCGAGGGCUACAAGUGUAGUUCUUAUACACAACCUAAGAUAUGCUUUAUAUUAGCUUUUACAAAGCAAAAUUUGGGAUUAUCAAGCACCAUUUGCUAAGAACUUUUCUAAUCGCAUUGUGUUUUUGUGUACCAUAUGUUUUUUUCCCCUUUUUUUAUUGGAAGCUUGCCAUUUAUUCGUCAUGUAAGAUUAGCACAACUUGAUAGAAGCUGAUGUUUUUAACUUUUGAUUAUUCUGCUAGGCGUUAUGAACCUAGUAAAGAAGCAUUAAGAGAAUCUAGAACCUCACAUAAAAGGAAAUGGGAUGUUGGAAUGAGAAGGUUUCGAAAGUAGUUUUGAGUAACUCAUAAUACCAUAGACAUAGAUUGAAACAUAAGUUAGUAAAUGGGAGCCAAGAGGGUGAUUUGUGAGUUUUGGGUGGAACGAUAUGAGAAGUAUAGUUAUGAAGAGAAUGAAGAUGAGAAAAUCAGCAGUUUAAACAUAAUGCCUAUGAGAGAGUAGAAAUAUGAGUGGUAGGUAUUUU